AUGGAUCAAAUGAAUAAAUAUACAUUGGAGUUUAAGUCAGCAGAUGUAGAAUUAAAGUAUUAAAAAGAAUCAAUUUGCAAAUUGCUCAAACCUCUCCAUUACGGUCUAAUAUUAAUGUCCUUAUUAUUGAAUACAAUCUAGAUAAUUACAGUAACAGUCAGGGAAUCCUUUUCAAUACCGUUAAUCAAUAUUACUUUCAUAGGAAUAUCCAUGUUUAGUUUUGCUGUUGUCUAUAAAAAGGAGACUUUAACAUAAAAAAUGAUGACUAUUGAAAAUGCUUAUAUCCUAUUACUAUAGUUAAAUUUUACUGCAGACAAUAUUCAUGGCUAAGAAUACUUUUUAUAUGGAAGUAGCUUGUCUUUGAUUCAAGCAAUAACCUAUUUUUCCACAGAUUUUUAUUUAAGUUGCCCUUCAGUUAUAUUUCAUUUGAUAUUUCGACUUAUUGCCACCAGUUUAUACGCAAAGAAAUUUGAUUUAGUAGCUUUAGGUCUUACAAUAACAACAGCAAUAUUUUUAAUUUGUGUGUUGUAUAUAUGCAAUAGAGCAUAAAGGCUGUAAUUCUUAUUGAAUUAUAAAGAAGAUACUAUUAACUAUCAAUUGCAAACCUUAAUAAACAAACCAUUUACAAAGAUUAUUUACAACGAGAAGAAGCUAUAAAUUGAUGUUCUGUAGGUUAACUAAGUGAAUUAAUUUUUGGGAUUCAACCAAGAGUUGUGUUUUGGGUGUAAUAUUAGGAACUUUAUAAGAAAUUGUAAGAUUUCUAAUAGAUCCUUAGAGAAAUGGAUAAUAAAUGAUUAAACCAAUAUAAAGGAAAUUUGUCUUGCUAUGAUUUAGAGAACAAAAAUUAAGAUUAGGCUUACUCAAUUUAAUACUGACAAUAGUUUGAUAUUAAUUUUGGAGAAUUCAAGACUGGAUACAAGACAAAAAUAGGUCCCUUAGUUUGUGACAAAUCAAUUGGUUGAAUAAUUUAUGAUAAGCAAGAAAACCCUGUUUAAUUUGUAAUUUAAAUUUGGAGUCAUGUCAAUUUUAAUGUUGGGCUAAUACCAAAUNGUAUUUGCUAUCUUGAAUUGA